AUGUUCGCGUCUGUGGGGCCCAGAGGCGGUCCUCGCCCUGCUCUCGCCCAGGCCGUCCCCGAGCCCGACCUCAGCCACCUGACCGAGGAGGAGCGCAAGAUUAUCCUGGCGGUUCUGGCCCGGCAGCGAGAGGAGGAGGCGAAGGAGGAGGCGAUGCUAAAGGAGGAGAAGCCUAUCCAAGCUCGGACCGUGAACCUGGUGGGACAGAAGAAACCUCCGCAGCAAAAUGACGUCAGAGGGAUCCAGCAGCAGUUGUCGAGUUACCGGGAGAGCGUGAUCCGCCAGGCCUCGGCCGCUGCCUCUGGUCACCGUGACGACGCUCCGACCUGUGGAAUCUGCCAUAAGACCAAGUUUGCCAACGGCUGCGGAAACCUCUGCUCCUACUGCCACACCAAGUUCUGUGCCCGCUGCGGAGGGAGGGUCUCACUGCGCUCCAACACGGAGGACAAAGUGGUGAUCUGGGUGUGUAAUAACUGCCGUAAACAGCAGGAGCUCCUGACUCGACCGGGUGACUGGUUCAGCUCAGAUUCUGCUGCUCUGGGGUCAGCCGUCAGUGAACCCUCCGUGUGUCAAAGGUCACGCUCCCAAGCCCCUGCCCCCUCCAUCCAUGAUGCUCCAGGCUCCGCCCCCGCCUCCCUCGACCCCAACAGAGCAGCUCCACCAGGAGGAGCUGCGGGAGACCCACGGUCACGAAGCGAGCCACCACGAGACGAGAGGAAUGGUCGUGGGGGAGGAGCCGGCAGCCGCGGCCAGUCCCGUCUGCAGACUCAGGUGUCGGUGGACAGAGACCUACGCGGAGAGAGAGAACGCAGAGAGAGCAGACGACUCACCAAAGGACGCUCACUGGAGCAUGACCCUGUGGGAGGGGGCGGGAUCAAACGGACCGCAGAUCAGUCGGGGCCUGUGCCUGCCGGGGGGCGUGGCCAGGCCGUACAGGGGCAGGGGCUGGAGGGGUUAGGCCCGGGACAGGGCCCUGGAGCUGGGCUACAAUCUCAGACAAACCCCCCUGAGCUCAGAGAACCUCCGCAUGGCCCAGCUGUCAGACGGACAAAACGUGAAAAAGCCGAAAGCAUGCUACGAAAUGAUUCUCUCAGCUCCGACCAAUCAGAAUCACUCAGGCCGCCGCCCCCACGCCCAUAUAAGUCCAAACGAGGUGCGGGCGGAAAGAGGCAAACGAGUAUGAGCAGCUCUGAAGAAGAGGGCGGGACGACGCCAGAGUACAGCAGCUGUGAAGACGCAGAGAUAGAGAGCAUCAGUGAAAGAGGUGACUGGGAGUGCUACCCUCAUGACCCCACUGUAUGGCAUCAUCCUGUGAACUGGCAGCCAUCCAAAGAAGGAGACCACCUGAUCGGACGCAUCACCCUGAGCAAAAGGAGCGCCACCAUGCCCAAGGAGGCCGGGGCUCUGCUGGGGCUCAAGGUGGUGGGGGGCAGAGUGACAGAGUCGGGGAGGUUGGGGGCUUUUAUCACCAAAGUGAAGAAGGGAAGCCUGGCAGAUGUCGUGGGACAUCUACGAGCAGGAGAUGAGGUUCUACAGUGGAAUGGGAAGCUGCUUCCUGGAGCCACCAUGAAAGAGGUCUACAACAUCAUCCUGGAGUCUCAGUCUGAGCCUCAGGUUGAACUGCUCGUGUCACGGCCAAUCGGGGUUUAUAGAAAAUAUCAUGAUAUCCCAAGAAUCCCCGACACGUCCCACCCUCCAUUAGAAUCUACAGGUUCCAGUUCUUUUGAGUCCCCAAAGGAGAGACCGACCCUAAAUGUCCUGUCCCCCUCCAGUCCCGGGACGCUGCAAGACGCUCCGCAGCUAAUGCCUGGAGAGUUGUCGGUAAAGUUGUGGUAUGAUAAAGCCGGGCACCAGCUGAUCGUAAAUCUGCUCCAGGCCAGAGACCUCCCUCUGAGGCCGGAUGGACGCCCACGCAGCCCCUACGUCAAGAUGUACUUCCUCCCUGACAGAAGUGACAAGAGUAAGCGUCGGACCAAAGCAGUGAAGAAGACGGUGGAACCCAAGUGGAACCAGACCUUUGUGUAUUCUCACGUUCAUCGACGAGACUUUAGGAAUCACAUGUUAGAACUGACCCUAUGGGACCAACCCAGGUCUCCAGAUGAAGACAGUGUCUUCAUGGGAGAGAUCUUGAUAGAGUUGGAGACUGCAUUAUUGGAUGAUAAACCACACUGGUAUCCUCUACAGACCCAUGAUGUUUCCUCCAUCCCUCUGCCCUGCCCCUCUCCCUUCCUCUCCAGACGCCACAUCCACCCAGGGCCCGGCAAGAAACUACAGCGAUCUCAACGUCUGUCUGAACCGGAGUUUGAUGAUGGCUCUGCUCUAGUGUCCAAAGCAGCAGAGUCCAGAGGCAGAGAGAGGCAGAGGGAGACUGGUUCUACUCUGGAGGUUCCCGAUCCACAAAGAACUCCCUCCCACCACAUCCGGUCCAGAUCUGUCUCCCCUCAUCGAGAAGAGCAGGGAAGAACCAGGUCCAGACCACCCAAUGUACCUGCUCAGAGGAGUUUGGAUGAUGAGCUUCCUCACAGCCGGAGAUCCCGCUCCCCCAACCGACACUACGAUCCCAGAGGGAGACAGGAGUACCUCGACGACAGUGAGGUCAUCAUGCUCCACCAAUCACAGCGAGGCAAAAGUGCUGAGUGCCUCUACACCAGUGACCUGCAGCCCGCUCUGAACAGGGUUAGGAGCGCUAGUGCCACCUGUCUCACUCCAGAGUCAUUUUCACUUUCUCCUCCGGCAGACAGGGGUCACCCGCAGGGCAGCGCUCCUGCGUCCUCAGCGCCUCGAAAAGUCAGACAGCUUCCUCAACUUCCUCCCAAAAGCAACUCUGUCGAACAAGCGAUGGUAGCAGAGGAGCGUGUCCGACAGCUGCAGAGAAGAGUUCACUCCAACAGAAUGUCCACAGUCUCAGCCUCAAGUCAACAAGAGCUGGACCGAGCGCUCAAACACAAGAGAGAGAUGUAUAAGGACCAGCGGCGCAGCAGUGAGAACGUGUCCCACAAAUCCUCAGACAGUGAUGUCAGUGAUGUGUCAGCCAUUUCACGAACCAGCAGCGCCCUGAGCAGCACCAGCUACAUCUCCAUCCAAUCAGAGCGGCCGGGACGCUUCAGGCGUGCGAUGCGAGCCACGGGCCGCCACAUGAUGAAGAGCAGUAGUAUGAGCAGUGAGAUCUACGGCCUGGACCACCCUGAUGGCAGCCAAUCAGACACAGCGCUAGGCACGUGCGGCAGCGGUAUCAAGAAGCGCCGCUCCAGUCUCAGCCAAAGAGUGGUCGCCAUCCUGCCCUCGAGACGGAGCCGGAGCACCUCACAGCUCAGCCAGACCGAGGCUCCAGGUAAGAAGGUGAGCAAAGCGGCCUCUAGCUCCAUCCAGCGCAGCGUGGAGACUGGGAUGGCUGUGGAGUUUCCCCGAGGAAGCACCACCAUGAACAGACAAGCCAGCAGAGAGUCCACGGACGGCAGCCUCUACAGCUCUGAGGGGAAUCUGAUCUUCUCAGGGAUGCGUCUGGGCACAGACAGUCAGUUCAGUGACUUCCUGGACGGGUUGGGGCCGGGGCAAUUGGUUGGACGACAGACUCUGGCCACACCCGCCAUGGGAGAUGUCCAGAUCGGGCUCCAGGACAAGAAGGGUCAGCUGGAGGUCGAGGUGAUCCGAGCCAGAGGCCUUACCUCCAAACCAGGAGCCAAAUCUCUACCAGCUCCCUAUGUAAAAGUGUACCUGUUGGAGAAGGGGAACUGUAAAGCCAAAAAGAAAACCAAGAUCGCUCGAAAAACUCUGGAGCCUCUGUAUCAGCAGCACCUGCUGUUCGAAGAGGGCCCCCAGGGGAAGGUGUUACAGGUGAUCGUGUGGGGAGACUACGGCCGCCUGGACCACAAAUGCUUCAUGGGUGUAGCACAGAUCCUAUUGGAGGACUUGAACCUUUCCAGCACCGUGAUUGGCUGGUACAAACUCUUCCCUCCAUCCUCAUUGGUGGACCCCACGUUAGCGCCUCUCACGCGGCUAGCAUCUCAGACUUCUUUGGACUCAGGACCGCCCCCUGGUGUUCGAUCCUAG